AUGGACGGGGCGCGGUACCACAAACGGAUAUUAAAUCCAUGUCCGACAACUGCCACGUCUAAGGCAGAUAUCAUUGCUUGGUUGACAUCCAAAGGCGUCACGUUCGAGUCAAGGCUUACCAAGGCAGAGCUGCUUGUGACCGUGAAGGCCAAUCGGGAGCAGCUCCAGCCUAUCGAGGUUAUUUGGGGCAUUGUGAAGAACAAAAUUGCGUGUAGGCCGUCGUCGGACAUGGCAGACCUCGAGCGACGCCUGAAGACUCACUUCGCUGAAGUGACCUCGUCGCAUUGGGUGUCUGCGCACGACAAGUGUUGCUCGUUUGAAGAUGCGUACAUGGAGGCGGCAGAAAACGAGAUCCUGGCCCUUGAAGCGGAACCAUCGGAAGAAGCUGAUGGAAACCUGCUUGAGGCCUCUUCUGAAAGUGAAUAG